CCUGACGCCCGUCUUCUCCUCCCCCCCACUUUAUCUUUUCCCCUUCUUAUUCCCGACCGGUCGCUAUUAUUGAAUCUCCCCUCUUGGUUUCCCCCCCCCUCCUCCCACAUCCCAUCAAUCAAUACUAAGGCGGCCUUGGGCUGAAAAAAAAAAGCACACGCUUGGCCUGUGGUUGGCUCGGAAUUUCUCCAGUCUAGUGCCCACCGUGAUGUCCACUACUGCCCCCUCCACUGCGUCGCCUUUGGUCGUCCGCAGUCACUCGACUUCCUCCCGCUCUCCCUCCUAUCGUCCUCCCUCAUCCGAGCUCCCUCACCGUACCCGAAGUGUCGCUGUCCGACCCGCGACAGCCUCCCAACCACAAUAUCAAUCACCACCAUCCUCGUCGCAACAUCACUAUCAACCUCAAUCCCGUCACGCUCAUUCCCAUUCCAAGUCUCAGUCCUAUGAUCGUCGCCCCCCUUCCAAUCAGGCGGUAUUCGACUCCAUAACCCGUCGAGAUUUUGAGGCUUCUCGCGGAGCUCCCCCGGCUUCUCCCCGAAGGGAAUCCUCUCGGGAUCGUUCACAAGAGCGCCCUUCCACCUCCUACCGCCCCGAAUCCUCCUCCAACAGACACCAGAGAAAUCUCUCAGUUCAAGGUCAUCAACGGGAUAGUAUCGAUAUGGCGACCGCCGGGACUGUCAUGGCAGAGGGUGUCGCAGGGCAGCCCCAGGCAGCUGCCGCCCAUUUACAUCCGACUAAUCCCGUCCAGUCAAGACGUCGGACCAUGAUUACGACGCCAACCGGCCAAUGGGCUCUGGGAAAGACAUUAGGUGCCGGCAGCAUGGGCAAAGUCAAGGUUGGGAAGAACAUGGAUACAGGAGAACAGGUGGCUGUCAAAAUCGUACCUCGACAGUCGACCGAAGAGCAUCGCAGCUCGCGCGAGGCCGAACGGGCGGACCGCUCGAAGGAAAUUCGAACGGCGCGCGAAGCAGCUAUCGUCAGCCUCGUCAACCAUCCUUACAUCUGUGGCAUGCGGGAUGUAGUUCGGACCAACUACCACUGGUACAUGUUGUUCGAACUCGUCAACGGGGGUCAGAUGCUGGAUUAUAUCAUUUCCCAUGGUAAACUCAAGGAGAAGCAGGCCCGCAAAUUCGCCCGUCAGAUUGCCAGUGCGUUGGACUAUUGCCAUCGCAACAGCAUCGUGCAUCGCGACUUGAAAAUCGAAAACAUUCUGAUCAGUAAGACCGGAGAUAUCAAGAUUAUCGACUUUGGUCUCAGUAACCUCUUCUCGCCACGGAGUCAACUCAAGACAUUCUGUGGCAGUCUUUACUUCGCUGCCCCUGAGUUGCUGCAGGCGAGGCAGUACACUGGUCCGGAGGUAGACGUUUGGAGCUUUGGCAUUGUCCUCUACGUUUUAGUCUGUGGCAAAGUACCGUUUGACGACCAGAGCAUGCCCAAACUUCAUGCCAAGAUCAAGCAGGGCGUUUUUGAAUAUCCUCCUGGACUCACAGCAGAAUGUCGUCAUAUUAUCUCCCGCAUGCUCGUGACUGACCCCAAACAGCGCGCAAGUUUAACCGAGAUUAUGAAUCAUCCUUGGAUGAACAAAGGCUUCAAUGGUGCACCAGAAAAUUAUUUGCCAUACCGAGAACCUAUAAAUUUACCUCUCGAUCCCGAGGUUAUUGAGAAAAUGACGGGCUUCGAUUUCGGGCCACCUGAAUACAUUACUGCGCAGCUCACCAAGCUCAUUGAUUCUGAGGAUUAUCAGCAUGCUGUGAAAGUCAGCGCUCGCGAACAACCCGCUCCAAGCUAUACGGAGAAGAAGCGAGGAGUAUUCGACUUCUACAAACGACGAAAUUCGGCCAGCAGGGAUACACUGUCCGCGCCGUCAGCGGAGGCCGUUCAAAUGGGCAACGACCCAGUCAAUGCCUACAGCCCGCUAAUCUCGGUCUACUAUCUGGUCAAGGAAAAGCUGGACAGAGAAAGGGCCGAAAAGAACCCUGGAGCACUGGGCGUCCCACAUGCCUCUGGAGACUCGAUGCUUCAGAUGCCAGACCUUCCAGCACCGGAGGCCGCCCAUACCAACCAGUAUCAUGUUCCGGGAGAGAAGGAUAGUGGAAGAAGGUCGCGCCCACGAGCACGAACGCAUGGUGAUGACGACCUGGCGGAUGGCAUCAAGAACCUCCACCUGGGUCCGCAGACGGGGCAUUCCCCGGGUCCUGCGUUGUCGCAGCCAGAAACGCCGGUCAAGAAAGAAAGCACGGCAGCGGGUAUCUUGAGGCGGUUCAGCACGCGCCGGACAAAGGAACGCAGCCGCGAUCCGGAACGUGGAAGACUUGGCAGUCCCCACACCCCAGCCCUCAACGUCCAGCCACCCGCAGACUUGGCCUCGCCCCUAUCCAGAGGAUUCAGCGUGAAGAGAACCCGACGCGCAGAUCCCUCCCCAACAGCCAUUCCAUCCGGGGCAAAUCAUUCACAGCAGAACGAUUUUCUCAAGGCCCCGGGAUCAGCGGAGCCGGCUUCGCGGUCCAACAAAUUCUUGGAGAGAUCUGCCAGCGUCAACUCGGCCGACUAUCGUCCUCGUCGUUCACGACGAAAUGAUCCUGACGCCGCAGGUCAACCACCGCCAAGCAGUGGGUCAGACUAUGCCAAUGUACAGAAAGAACCGACCGCUGCGAGGGAAUCGAAGCUGGGCCGCGGCCAUACUGCUCGAACAAUGUCGUUAGGCCAUGCUCGUCGGGAAAGCAUACAAGCCCGUCGCGCUAGACGCGAUGCCACGCGCGAGGCCAAUGUGCCUGAAGAGACCGAUGCCGAUAUCACUGGUGCGGGAACUGCCUUGGAGAGCGCCAAUGAAGGAGAGGAUCUGUCCAAGCCAGUAUACCUCAAAGGCCUUUUCAGUGUCUCGACCACGAGCAGCAAACCUUUGCCUGUCAUUCGAGCCGAUAUUAUUCGCGCUCUGAAACAACUUGGAGUCGACUACACUGAGAUCAAGGGAGGCUUCAGUUGUCGCCACGCCCCGAGCAUUGACUUGGAUAGAGUCAUGGACGUCGGGCCCCCAAGCCCAGACCGUCAGGGCCAUGUCUCGGGCCACCGUCGACGUAUCAGUUUUGGGGGGUUGUUGAGCCACGAAGAAGGUAGGGAGGACCCGCGCCAGAUGCCCCGUUCGCAACGUCGGGCUCGGGCGCCUCCGGACCACAGCUUUGUGACCACUCCCGAAGGGUCCGAUGAAGACGUCGGGCCUCGGCCGAGUCGUGAUCUCGGGGUGGUUGGGGAACGUGUCAUGGGUGAAACUACGACACGAGUCCAGAGUGACACGGGGGAGAAUCUGGUACUGCGGUUUGAGAUUCUCAUCGUCAAGGUCCCUCUGUUCUCGCUGCAUGGAAUUCAGUUCAAGAAAGUGGCAGGAGGCAUGUGGCAAUAUAGGGAGAUGGCGAAGAAGAUUUUGGACGACCUGCGACUCUGAGUGCAUAUUGUUCUACAUGAUACGUUAGUUACUAUUUGCGUACUGACCAAAGUCGAGUUGAUCCACGAAGCAUUUGCAUGAGCAUAACGUUUUUUUUCUUUUGUGGAGCAUUUCCUAUGGCAACUUUCUGGCAACUUCCGGUUCGCAUUACUA